CUUAAUCCCGUAACAUCUGACAUUUAAAUGGCUCGGGCUUAAAUAGUUUCUUUUGUGACAUUUUCAAGAUAUAAUGUUAAAAUAAACCCGAGAGCUGCAUCCUGCAGAGCUGUUUUAACCGCGCUCUCGGUGACUGACCAAAACGCGUCCCGUUUUACGCGACUUCACCCACAGAAACUGAGAGGUGCCAUCAGCUGGCGGUGACACGGACACACCGCUCACCACUCCUCGCCCUCAUCCCUCCCUUCAAACCCUCUCACUGCCAUCUCCCGACAUCAGCCGAAUGAGGGGACUGGGGAAGGAAAACCAAGUGAGUGAAAGAAAGAAAUAAGCAGGGAGCGGUGCUCCAUGGUCACUCGCCCAUUGGAAGCUCGAGAGCGCAUUUUGGAUUCGACUUUUUCUUGGAGGGGACUUGAGAGAAAGAAGAAACAAGCGUUUGUUGGUGUGCCAAAGGCGAACAGCCAUGCACCUGAAUCGGGAAGACGAGGACGGAAAAGGUUCUUUGUCUCUGAGUGUGUUCCUGGUAUCGGUGGGUUUAACGGUGUGUGUCGUGUGGCUGGUGGCACUAUGCGGGGUCUGUGGAUGGUGCCAGCGCAAACUGGGGAUGAGGAAUAAGCCAGGGGUGGAGACAGCGGGGACCCCAGACUCGGUGUCUGUUUCUGGGAGAGGACGAGGAGAAAAUAAAGCCAUCAAUGAACUCGACAGGGACUUUUGGAAUAACAACGACAGCAGCAAUGUGCAGCAGCGCUGGAGCUCUUAUCCGCCCAAGGAGUUCAUCCUCAACAUGUCCCCCUACGCCCCCUAUGGAGACCCUCGCCUCACGCCCAACGGAUCGCUGGAGAAGGGGGAGGUGGGUGGGGGGGCGGUGGGGGGUCCCAGUCGCAGUGACAGCUCCAUAGGCGCAGGGACCAGCAAGUCCGGGAGGUGGCACACUGUCCAGAGCCACCUGCACUCCGGCAGCUUGAGACCCAGCAAUUUUGGGGACCCCUCUCUUUCCACCACCUCCACCUUGGAGCAUAUCCCGUCCUCAGCAGCCCGCCCCAGGCCCCUGGUCAGGCAGCAAAGCCUCCAGCAGCCCCUUACCCACCAGCCCCCGCCAGGCCCCAACGACCCCCCAGCCACCUCCCAGAGUCUGGGCCAAUUGCACACUGGACCUGGGGGUGGGGGCCACCGGGGGGGCCCGCGGGGGGUGCGUGGUAGCCCGGCUGGGGCAGGGGCGUCCCGCUACAGGUCGGGUGGAGGGGCACGAUCACGUUCCAACCCUGGAAGCUGGGAUCACAUGGUGGGACAGAUCCGGAACAGAGGCAUGGAUGUCAAGUCAUUCCUAGAGGGGAAGAUGGUCGUUCUGUCCCUCGCGAUCGGAUUGGCCGAACAAGAUGACUUUGCCAACCUUCCAGAUCUACAGGAGGUGCCAGCCAACAAAGAAACCCCUCCCACCGACAAAAGAUCUAAUAAACCCGGCAGCAGCCCUAAAGGUCAGACCCCAGACGAGAGCAGCCGCCGGACAGACGCUAACUCCUCCGUCUCAGACCUGGCCAACUCCGUCACCAGUGAUAUGCUGAUGUUGUCCCCAGGCUCUGAGGAAGAGGAACACGAAGGACCCGUGUGCGAGAAGCUGGGACGCAUCCAGUUCAGCGUGGGAUACAACUUUCAGGACUCCACACUGACAGUGAAAAUCCUGAAGGGUCAGGAUCUACCUGCGAAAGAUUUCUCCGGCACUUCAGAUCCAUUUGUCAAACUCUACCUUCUGCCAGACAAGAAGCACAAACUUGAGACCAAGGUCAAAAGAAAGAACCUCAACCCUCACUGGAACGAGACCUUCCUGUUUGAAGGGUUCCCAUUUGAGAAGGUGGUCCAGCGCACGCUCUACCUGCAAGUGCUAGAUUAUGACCGCUUUAGCAGGAAUGACCCUAUAGGGGAGGUGUCCAUCCCCCUGAACAAGAUCGAUCUGGCCCACGUGCAGACCUUCUGGAAGGAGCUGAAACCCUGCAGCGAUGGCAGUGGGAGUCGAGGAGACCUGCUCGUGUCUCUGUGUUACAAUCCCACUGCCAACACCAUCACUGUGAGCAUCAUCAAGGCACGCAAUCUCAAAGCCAUGGACAUCGGGGGAACAUCUGACCCCUACGUCAAAGUGUGGCUGAUGAACAAAGAUAAACGAGUGGAGAAGAAGAAGACGGUGGUGAUGAAGAGGUGUUUGAACCCCGUGUUUAAUGAGUCCUUCCCCUUUGAUGUCCCCACUCACGUCCUCAGAGAGACCACCAUCAUCAUCACAGUCAUGGAUAAGGACAGACUGAGCCGCAAUGAUGUCAUAGGCAAGAUCUAUCUCUCAUGGAAGAGUGGCCCAGCAGAGGUAAAGCAUUGGAAGGACAUGAUGAGUCAUCCGCGCACUGCCGUUGCCCAAUGGCACGCUCUCAAAGCUUGAAGGACACGCCCACCAAAAUUUGUUUAUGGAGACCCUUCCUUUAUUCACUGCUUUUAUUUUUCCCACCAAAAAGAGGCUAAGCACUGCCAAGAAGCCUGGGGGAGAAACUGAGAGAUGUAAACAGACUCGUCUUCCUUGAGAAAAAAGUUUGACAACUCAACUGUUCUCUGGUCAGCUGAACAGGGUGACUUCUAGCAUCGCUGAACUUGAAACGGCUGAAAACAAUCUCCCGAACAGACCCUUCUAUUGCCAUGUUUGUGUCUCACCCCCCUCGCCGCCGUCCCUCUGACCAUACGGAAAGAUCCAGAAGGAUCGCAACCACAGUGCAAUACUUAGUUGAAGGAGGGAUGAACUUGUUGUGUGUUGGACGUCGUCACCUCUUGAUGUUUUUCUCGGAACAGUGUAGAAAUUCGCUGGAACUCUUCGUUGUCUGUAUGUACUGUAGGUGCUGUUAUGUGACGGAAAAAAGAGGUCUUGUUUAAAAAAAAAAAACUCACUUUAAUUGACUGGAUCAGUUCAAGUGUGUUGGGGAAAUACAUUUGAACCAUUUUAGAACAUUUCAACAAAUAGGGACAAAAAACUGAGAAUCUACGCAAGUACAUAAAUGCAAACAUUUCUAGCCAUGUUAGCUUGAUUUAAAUGUGUUGCUUAUUGAAUGCUUCAGGCCUUGUUUCCACCUGGUAUUAAGAUGCUUGUCAAUGAUGUAAUCACAAGUGGUCAGUCAAGAUGCAUUAUAGUUUACUCCUGCAUUUAAAUGUAUUUCUUAUGAUAACUUGAUAUCUAUGAUAACCCUUUUUAUUUUGUAACUUGCUACAUUAGUUUCGCCGAAGUGCUGCGAAUGACAAUGUAAAUGGUAACAGAUUUUGAUCGUAAUCUAUGUGUUUAGGCAUUGCAAAAUUUGCAUUGAUUGCAUUCGACUAUACACCAGCGUUAUUAUAGUUAACUAAAACUGAAUUAAAACUAAAACCAUAAGAACAGUUUUGUGUCUUGAAAUAAAAUAAACAUUAAUUGAAAUAAAAUUGUAUGUAUGUGUAUGUACGUAUAUAUAUAUACCUUUUUACUUUAACUACUUACUAGUUAACAAGAUUAAUUUUAACCAGAUAUGUAUAUAGACUAAAAAUGACAAAAACACACCAAAAUUACUAAACUAAAAUGAAAACAAAAAAUAUAUUAAUAAAAACGGACUCAAAAUAUUAAUCAAAUCUAUGAAAGUCAUGAUGAAAGCAAUCCUAUUAAAUGCUUUUUCUACUAAGUUGAAAUUGUUAAAAACGAUUAAUGUUAAAUUUAAAUAUUUAUUAAAUCACAAAAUGCAUGUCAUUUUAUUAUAUUUAUUUUUAUUGUAAUAAUCAAAACUGAAAGAUGUUUUUGCCUCAUUAUUCCAUUCCACAAAUGUUUGUCUUGAAACCGUGUGAUUUAUUAUUAUUUUUCAUAUUAAUGUUAUUUAAAAUAUAAUAUAUUUACUAUAUUUUUAGAAUAAUAAUAAAAAUGAAAGAUGAUGUCAGUAGACUUUAACUCACAGUAUACUGAACCCAAAAUAUCAAAUGGUUUUUAAUUGGCUGUGAUUGUGUUUCGUCGCUUUGCAUUUUCACUGUCUAUGAAGAGAAGUUGAAGCUCAUCUAGUUGUUAUUGAAAGUGGAAAAGCUCGAAAUAUUGUAGAUUCCAUUUACAAUACUGUUUAGCAUCAUCCAAUUGUGUUAGGUCAACUAAAAUGCAUCUUAACACCAAGUGUAAACAGUUACUCAGUAACACAAUGCAAAAACACGCUGAAUUCUUAAUGUUACAACAAGAGGCAUUAUGGUCAGUUUCCUGAUUCACUUGCGGUUUAUUGAUGCAAACGUCUAAUGUUUAUUACUGCUACAGAACCCAGCAUUAGUAUAUAUAUCAGAGCGUCGUGCUUGCAGUGCUUUGGCCAAAGCAUUUUGUGUACUUGCGUAGAGUACUAUACUGAUUCUUCUUUCAAAGCGAAGCGUGAUGGACAAGAUAGGAGUGAGUGUUUGAAGCCUGUGUGUCAGCAGAUAGAAGCAGAACCACAGAAAUCCUUUUAUCUAAACUAACAUUCCUCAUGUAACGUACACAUCUUGCAGAGGAUUGCAUCAACCUUUUAACCAGUAUGCAAUGACACUGCCAAUGUGAGUUAAACGCUGCCAAAAUGCACUUCAUUUCUUUUCAUUUUCAAAAGGGCUGAAGACGUUCUUAGUGUCCCUCCCAAACAAGAUGUGCAAUUUAGAAGUUAAUCUAAAGAAAAAGAGCAGAAGCAGGAAACUAUAACGCAAGUCAUGUGAUUGUUUGUGCGUCUUCGGCUUAGUGUGUGUGUUUAUAUGUGUCUGUAUUUGUAUGUGUGUGAUGAGGAUUUGGAUUACUGUGGUCACUCGAUUGAUUCUUUAUUGUGCUCAUGCUGCCUUCGAGCCUUCCUGCAAAGUUUGAGAAAUACAGCAUGAUUUUAGUUGAAGUAAAAUAGUUUUUGCAAAACAUUAAAAUACAAAUACCUAGGUUUCCACACAUCAACACAUUUUUUUAUUGAAAUUUGGGGUACUACAUUAAAUUCUUGAAUGAAAACAGCAAGAAAAUGGCUUUAAAAGAAUACAAGCUUGAGGAGGAUACAUUUUUUAUGGUAAAAUUAUGGAAAUUACUAACAUUUGCAAAAUAAAUAAGAUCCACAUCAGAAAAUUAAUCUAAUAUUCAUUUAAUUAAUUUUGUGUAACAGUAUAUAUAAUUCAUUUUUAAUAUGCACACCACUAUUGUAUUGUAUACUGCAUAUGUAUAUACUAUAUAUCUAUACAUAUAGAGGGUACGUUUUAUUAAUUUUUAUGAAUCAUAAAAUGUAUUACAUUAAAAAAAAACAAAAUAAUCUAAUAUGAAUAUUGCAACAACAAAAAGAACAUUUUUUUCACAAUUAUUGCAAUAUACACAAUUUUUUUAUUAUUAUUGCACAAGAAACUGUAUAUUAAUGCUUUAGAGCAGGGUUUCACAAAAUAGAGUUAGGAAGUUAAUGAAAAGCUAAUAAUUCAUUAAAUGUCAAAUUAAAUUAUAUACAAAUUAAAAAUAUAUAUAUAGAGAGAGAGAGAGAGAGAGAGAGAGAUAGGUAUUUGUUUAGCUGUCCAUCAUGUGACCAUCCUAUAUCUCAAAACCGUGACCAUUUGAAUAUAUAUAUUUCAGUUACAGAUUAUUUAAAUGUUUUCUCCUAAAGUCUCAGGGGUUUUUAAGAACAAAUUUUAGGUCAGAGAUGUUCAGCUUCCAAACAUUUUUUCUAAUGUUCCUGCAUUAGAGAAUUGUGGGGAAUGUAAUUAAGUUGCACAAACCUGUCAGCUUAUAAAACGGUUAAAUUAGUAUUAUUUUAUAAUAAGCUUUUUUGGUUAUUCUUCAUGAACAGUACACAAAAUGCGUACAAACUGAAUUGUACCAUCAACAUUCAUAAUUAGAGCUUAUUAUGAUAGCAAUUAGCUUCUGGCAGAAUUCUUGAAUCAACAUGCCCUCAACUCGCAAAGUCUGUGCUCAAUGAAAAUAAUUACGCUAAUUGCGACAUUGCGAUGCUGUUCAUAUGGUCUCAUCUGGUAAACACGAUCAUUCCGGCAUGACUUGAAGGCAGCAUUAGCCUGGUGCUGGGGUUGGGACAAUAUGAGUUAUAAACGGCAGGUCUGCAGGAUAUAAUAGCAAUACUCUCACAUUUUGCUUUUCGAAUAACAUUUUGUAUGCUGCAAUUGCUUGCGAUUUCUGUCGCCUCCUAAUGUGCUACUUACGUAACAGAGAAAAGGCAGAUAUAUAGAAAGGGAAGAAUUCAAAUUGUUAUCAUGUCAACAGUUAAAUUAGGAAUAUUACACUAUAAUAUACUUAUUAUGACAGACAACAUCUUACUUGAAAACAUAAGGCAAUGUACUGUAGACAAGCAAUAUUUCAUGUAAGGGUAAACUUCAGGGUUAGGACAUCAGUUCAUACAAACACACACGCAGUGCUUCAGGAAGUGAAACAUCCAUCACCUUUCUCCCCUCCAUAUGCCUGUGCUCUCAGUGUCAGAGCCGACGUUAGACGUGAAUAUCACUGCCAGAUGUUUCUCGCAGCCUGUCCUUCCCCCGACUAACACCCUGUGACAGACGCGUCCUCAAAGACAAUGUGAGAGCAAGACCUAAAAAAUAAUAUUCAAGCACUUCAGAAAAACUUUGUAUACUGUGUUUCUCAGUCGAUGAAAUUGGGGUCAAAGAAGUAGCUAAAGUGAAAACAGAAGAUGGAUGAAAGUGAGCGUGGAUUCGUUCAUUUAAGCAGGACUGUCGCUUGAAUUCAUGGUUACGUUUGUGACUCGAUAAAGCAUCAAAUGAUAAA